AAGGAGAGUAUGCUCCGUGGUCAUAUCCAUUUUCUACGAGUUUGACAGAUGAUCGACUGUCAGUUAAUAGAAACCUUAGAGAGAUAACGUGUUGUCGAACAACUUGCAAUGGAAGCGGUGCCGAGAUUGCCGAUGAUAUCCUUCCAGUUGAAAGUCAGCCCGGAGCCCACUACGUUCGGACCGAAAUUGAAGCAGUAUAUACGUGACUUCUACAACAAAGAUCCAGGAACAUUUGCCCACGAGAUACACCAGUUAGAAAGCUUGCGCGCAGUGGCGAUACGGCCACCCAUCGACGUAGCUGGCUGUUCACUGUUAAAGAGAUACUAUUGCCAGUUACAUUUUCUUCAAAGUAGAUUCCCCAUGGGAAAGGAUGGCGCGGCGGCGAUCACGUUCACAUGGAGGGACACGUACGCAAACAUGGUUUGUUCACUGGCAAAUAUCCGCUUUGAAAUAAUUUCUAUUUUGUAUAAUAUCGGCGCGAUGCAUACUCAAUUGGGAGCACUUACAGAGAGGACGUCGGCCGAUGGGAUGAAGAUGGCCUGUGCUCACUUUCAGUGUGCGGCGUGGGCGUUUGAGCAUUUAAAGAAUAGCUACCCACAGCCGUCCGGUGUAGACUUAGCUCCGGAGCUUAUGACAUUUAUGCACCAGCUUUGCUUAGCUCAAGCCCAGGAGUGUAUAUUAGAAAAAAGUAUGCUUGACAAUCGUAAACCAACAAUCGUAGCAAAAGUCGCCAGACAGAUAGUGGAUUAUUUUAAUCUGGCGUUAGCUACGCUUGAACAAGGUGGAAGCGAGGAUGGAACUAUAUCAGAUACGGUUGGAACUAAAAUCUAUAAGAGCUGGAAGUAUUACUUGAAAUUCAAGAAGGCUUAUCAUUUAGCAGUCACAUAUUUAUAUCAAGGAUUAGCUGCUGAGGAACAAAGGAAGAUGGGAGAAAGGGUAGCAUUUUACAAUGCUGCACUAGCUUCUCUGAACGAGGCGCAAUUAAUUUAUUUGAAUAUUCCUGGAGAAAAGACAACCAUUGAAGAGGCGCUCACGUUUACGAACGACGUGAUAGAGGGGAAACGUAAAGCAGCUAAAAAUGAAAAUGAGUAUAUAUAUCACGAGGAAGUGCCAGAGAAGGAAACGUUACCCACUGUGAAAGGUGCUCCCUUGGUCAAAGGAAUAUCAUUUAGUAUCAACGAUCCUGAAGUUUCAGGUCCUGAUAUAUUUGCCAGAUUAAUACCAAUGAAAGUGCACGAAGCGAGUUCUCUGUACUCGGAGGAGAAAGCGAAAAUAUUACGUUCCGUUGGUAGCAAAAUCGAAGAGAAGGAUCAGCAACUUAAUACGUACCUAACGUCCUUAAAAUUGGAACAUAUGAAUUUAUGGGAUCCUGAUGUUCAGACGACAGAAUGGGAACGUUUACCUCUCCCAGAUGAGCUGGUUGAAAGAUGCGCGGCGUUGAAUGCUAAGCAACAUAUUAUUCAAGAGUUGCUGGAUAUAAUGGAAAAAUUGUCAGAUACUAGUCAAGAUGUUGAGAAAAUACUGAAAGAAAUUAAAAAGCUUCUCCUUGAUGAAGAGCAGAAAGAAAAGGAGUAUCAAGACAUGGUCGGUAAGAGACCUCCGUCGAUAGUCGCCACUGAUUUGACCAGGGAAGCGAAAAAAUACGAGGAAGCUCAUAAUAAAGCCUCGGAAAGCAAUCACGCCCUUCAUAAAGCAAUAACGAUGCAUGUGAAAAAUUUAAAGCUACUCUCUCAGCCGCUUGCUGAGCUUAUGACCCACGUACCUUCACCGAGUGCGUAUCUCUCGGAACAAAAUACUGAGAAAUCCCAUAGCGCGAUCGAGCUAGAACGGAUGCACACCAAGGAGUUGAAGCGCAUUUUGAACAAAGUCGAUGAAAUGCGUAGACAGAGGAAUGAAUUGCACACGAAACUACGAGACUCGAUCGCGCAGGAUGACUUGACGCGCUUACUCGUUACAGCUACGUCCGAUUCCGGUCCGUUGGAUCGUUUAUUCGCCGAUCAACUUAGUAAACAUCAAACGCUGGUAACGUUGAUAGAGCAGAAUCUCACCGCACAAGAUAACAUCCUGGCAGCUUUGACAGACGCGUACGCCCAAACUGCCAACGUGCGAAAAGGCGUGGAAGAAAUAUUAAAACGCCGAGAGCAUACCAUCUCAUCCUUGAUCUCAUCCUACGAUGCUUACGAAGAUCUGUUGGCAAAGUCUAGCAAAGGUCUCGAGUUUUAUAGGAAAUUAGAAAUAAAUGUCUCCAAGUUACUUCAGCGAGUGAAAAGCACUUGCAAGGUACAGGAGGAGGAACGCGAGCACAUACUUGCGCAGGAUAGCAAUAAAAAUUCUCAAGAGAAAAUCAAUGCAACAGUAGCUGUCGGUUACGAUCAAAGUCGAAGUCGAACUGGCAGUGGAUUGAAAUUGAAGGAUUAUUUGAACAGCAGGCCAGAAAAUGUCCAAAAUCAGUAUUACAAUGUGUACAAGGAUCAAGGUAAACAAGUGGUAGACACAGCAGCGAAAUCAUACUUGAACGAAAGUACAGUGAAUAAAAAUGCAGUACAUCCUGGCGGAAUGCCUGUGGUAGAUGCAAAAUCUAUGCAGCAAUAUUAUCCCACAUCGUAUACGGACUAUAAAACAAAUUUACCGUAUUCGCAUGAAACGUCGACGUACAACGAAAAUGCCACUUUGAGUCAAAACUACAUGCAAGUAAAUAGUUCGGAUGGUUUAAACACAUAUUCGCAAAUGGGAACGACAGCAGAUGCCACAGCGCAGUACCCAGUAAAUUCUUUUGUAUCCAACGGGCAAUUCUCUGCAACCUUAGACGGGCAACACAAGUACCCCAGUAAUGUACAAACGCUUUACAACUAUCCUACCAAUGCAUUACAGUAUGAAAAUUACCAGCCCCCAGCCCCAGUUGACUAUACUGGAUACAACGUCACGCAACAAUAUCCUUCUAAUUUUGAUAAGACUGCUAGUAUUAGUGCUAUUAAAACUGAGAUAUCUCAGAAUACGUCGACAAUAACGCAAACGUCUGUGUCCUUGUCGAAUGCCGUUAACAAAACGACAGAGGUACAGACACAGCUUUAUACCACUCCAGUUCAACAAGGACAUCAAUAUACGCCUGAGCCACAACAAAAGUUUGCCACUCAAGAAUCUGUUCCAUCUAUGAGCCAACACGUACUACCAGUGGACAGCACUCAAAUGCAGAAUUACGUUCUCUCUCAAAUCAGUCAGAGUGAAGUUCCAUCUACUCAGAGUUACAGUGGCACAAUGUAUUACAAUCCAUCCGAGUUGCACGUCCAACAAGUCACGUCGAAUCAGAACACACCCGAGACGACUAAUAUCCCCGUUUCUAGCCACUAUAUGCAAACGCAGUACAUGAAUAUGAGCAUUCCUCAAUCUAUUUAUUCCACUAGUUCGUUAACUGUUCCAGUAAAUAAUACAGGAGUUUCGUACUCUUCAAAUUUGCACAGUUCCAACGUUGUGCAGUAUCCACAACAGAGUAGUACAGAACAAACUAAGCAAAUUUAUACGGACAAGGGGUAUCAGUAUGGAUCACAAGUAUCAGCUAAUGACAUCACUUUAACUUAUCCUAGUACUUAUCACAGUCUGCAACAUACCAGCAGCGUUUCGUAUCCACAAACUAUAAUGUCCACGGACACUUCUAAUACGUAUGCGUACACUAAUUGUUCUACUAAUACAGAGAUGAUUCAGAGCCAUACAAAGUCUUCGACGAAUAUGCAGAAUUACUCGCAGGCAUAUCAGUAUCCGCAGCAGUACUCUGGAUAUGGUAAUUAUCCUCACGCCUACAAUCAAGGAUACAAUUAUAUGCAAGGGAAUCAAAUGACUGCGUCAAUGACUGAAUCUUAUAAAGGACAAAUGGGAUAUACUUAUAAUUCUACCAGUCAGUGCUACGAAUAUAAUCCCAGCAACGUUCAAACUUCAUUGUCGAUUCAAGCGUCGCAACACCCUUCCGAGUCGACAUUACAAAUAAACACUGGCAUUAACAAUGUAUGCCAACAACAAGAAAGUGCUGCAAGAUAUACGAAUGCUAGUAACAAUUCUAUGGUUAGUCAAACUCCAUCCUCUCAGUAUUCAGGGCAGGCUUAUCAGUCUCAAGGUGCAACCGAUAUUUAUUACACUACACCGUAUGGCCUCCAAAUGCAAAAUAGCCAAGCAUCCAACAGCAGAAACGACAGCUAUAACAAUUACAAUCAAACGUACAUGCAAGCUGUGAACAAUGGAACUAAUACAACGACAAGCGCAAAUCCUACUAAACCCACUACAAUGUCGGAGCAGUCUAACGUGGACUUGCUUGCUGACCUUGAUGUCACUAUAAAUCAUGCACCCUUGGUGCCGGAAGUACGUCCUGUUAGUAAAGGUCAAGCACAAGAUGAAGCUGCGACAAAAGACGCGGCGAAGGAUGAAACGAAAGAUGAUGCUAGUGAAAGUGAUAAGGAAAAGAUAAGUGAAACCACCGUUACCGAAGACAAGAAUACGGAGAAUGAGAAUCUACAAAUUGUAUGGGACACGUGGUACAAUGACGUGCAGCCUAAAAAGGAUCCCUUAGGGGAUCCAGCAGCAUUGCAGAAGUUCAUUAACGAAGUCGAAAAGUAUGAGAAAUUUGUUGAUAGUUUGCUUGUUAAAACGUUAAGCGGAGCAACUAAUCUUGAUAUAAAGUGGAAAGAAGUUCAAGAAUUCGAAGAAAGGGAAAGUGGAAAACAAUCUUGUACAGUAGCGUUGGCUCAUUCGUCGGAGAAUAGAGUAAUGGAGUGUAUUCCAUAUGACACAACAAGGGUGCAAAUAUCGUCGACAGAUAUUCCAAAUUACAUCAAUGCCUCUCAUAUAAUGGAGAUCACGCAAUGGAUACCGACAGCAUUUAUCAUCACUCAAGCACCAUUGCCGGAUAAGUUGGAAGUAUUUUGGAUGAUGAUAUGGGAACAAGAAAGCGAAAUAAUUGCAUGUUUAAUAUCCGAUGCGCAAUUAAACGGAGAGAUAUAUUGGCCUAUAAACGAAGACGAUAUUCUAAACAUCGGUAGCUUUACAAUAUCGUUGAAAAAGAGAGUUAACCACGUGUCCUAUGUCCAAAGAGUUAUUUCUGUGCAUAAUACUAAAAAAAACUCAGAAAAGACUGUCGUGCACAUGCAAUUUCUCACAUGGCCUUCCAACGGUUUUCCUAAUAGUCCAGGUGCUUUGCUUACUUUCUCAACGGACGUAAUGACGGAACAAGCACUGAGACGUUGUACAAAGCCAGUGGUGGUGCAUUGUUUGGAUGGCGGAGCAUUGAGCAGCUUAUUCCUAUUAGCAGCAGCAACAGUAUGCCAUAUACGUGCAGGUUGCGGGAUAGUUAAUGUACCUCUUGUAUUCAAAGGUCUUCUGAAGUGCCGUAAACAAGUUGUAAAUAAGGAAUCCUUGUUGUUCGCGUAUCAGUUGGUAUUAUACCACGCUCAAGAUAUUUUAAUGAAACGUGGAAUUUUAUCGUCUACACGCUCAACGUUUGAAAAUUUCGAAGGAUUAAAGGGAAAUAAGGAUAAAACAUCAAGGAAGAUGCAUCCGUCUGAUGAUUUUCUACAAACUCUCGGUAUCAGUACUCAGCGAUCAGAUGUUGACCAAGGUCGACAAAAAGGUUCUACUGUUAGCAGUGCGAUACAUUCAACUACGACGUCGAUUCAAGAGAAACCUAAAGAAGGAAUAAUCGAUCCGCUAAGCCAACUGGAUCCUUUGUGGUCUAUCAGAAGAUAAUCAAAUAAAAAUUAUUCGCAAGUAAAAUUUUAUUAUGCACCGACUAAUAAAUCUGUUUGCAUUCCUACGUUUCUUAAAUUAACGACAUUGCUAAGAGUAAGAUAAUUAUAGUAAUUGUAUAAACAUUGCAAUUCGUAUUAAUUCAUAUAGAUGACUUGAUAUUUCUGAAACGAAAGACACUUAUUAUUCAGGCGUUUCGUAAUUCUUAAGUUUUAAGGGUUUUACAAUCUGUAAAAUAUAUCGAAUAAAAUGUACGUAUAAAAAAAAAAAGAGCAAAUGCUAUCUGUUUGAAUUUAUUUCCAGCUUCACCGGAAAAAUCACAUAUGUCCGUACACAUCCAUAAAACAAAGGCUGAUAUUAAUUACAUUUUUUAAGCAACAUACGAUGAUACAUGGCAUGCGUUUCUAUAACGUAUAGAUGGUAAAUCGGUACUUAUUGCUAAU